AAAUUGCAAAGUCCAGAGACAACAGCACUUGGAGGGGCAGUUGCAGGAGAAAGGUUGCUAAAAAUAGGGUUUUUUUCAUUUCUUUUUGGUGUAAUUUCCUGAUUGCAUUAUUGAAAUAGCAAUGUCAGAAGGGGUGAGAUUUAGCAAUAGCAUAGAAAGGAGCAGGUAAGAUCAAAUGAGCCAGCAGUACCAUGAUGAGGAAGAAAGGAGAAAGGGCUGGAGGCAGGGGGAAUUCAUGAAUUAGCUGAUAAAUAAACAGACACCUUUGUCCACCCCCACAUCUAGGUAUGAGCAUUGUUUCCCUGAGAUUCCUCUCACACAGGAAGGAUGUCAAAGGAAAAAAAAAAAAAAAAAAAAAGCUAAUUGCAGCAACUACAUGAUCAGGGCAUUUUCACUUCCUAAACUGGGAGACAGAAAUUCCCCUGGGUCAUAUGACCUCUUUUGAAACUCUACCAGGAAGAUCAGCAAUAGCAGUGAGCAAGUGCAGGGCGUUCUCCAUCUGCACAAAAGCCUCUCUUGCAUAAGCCAGAGAUCAGAGCAGUGUGGGGAUGUGCAUGUGUGCACAGACAUAGCAAGGUGCUGUGCAAAUACCCUCUUAGUCGGGUUUUCUCUUGCACAGUUCUCUGAUUCUGUGCUAUCUGGCACAUCUUUCCUUUUUCUCUUUUUUUGAUUCGCCUCUACUGCUCCACUUCAACUAUGUCUCCAGAGCAGAACUUCUGAGAGGGCAUUUCCUGAAGCACAUCUCCCUGAAAACAGGUCUCCCCUCUUCUGAAGAAGAGCCAGACAUCAGCUGCCAUGGUGGGGAUAGCAGCAAUGAGGACGUGGAUUGAACCAGUGGUUGCUGGCUCCCAGGUGGCCAGUGCCUUCUACGACACAGGGCUGCUACUGGUGGUGAAGAACUACUACAACCAGUCCAACUCGACCUCUCCUUCUCACUCACUGCAAGAUGCUCAGCAGAAGGCUGUCUCUAAUUUCUACAUCAUCUACAACCUAGUCCUGGGCCUGAGCCCACUGCUGUCAGCCUACGGCUUGUCUAAGCUGGGGGACAAGGUGCAUCGGAAGAUCCCCAUCUGCUUCUCUCUUUUGGGCUACUUGGGCUCCAAAUCUCUCCUGCUCCUCCUGAUCCUGCUGGACUGGCCAAUCGAGGUGAUGUACGGGGCUGCUGCUUUCAAUGGGCUGACAGGCGGUUUCACCACGCUCUGGGCAGGCGUCAUGGCUCUGGGAUCCUUGGGCUCCUCUGAGAGCAGGAGGUCUCUGCGGCUUAUCAUUAUUGAGCUGGUGUACGGCCUAGCUGGCUUCCUGGGAAGCAUGGCAUCAGGGUAUCUCUUUGUUGGCUUCGGAGAUCACUAUCGAGAGGGCACUGUGCUGGUAGGCUGCAGCAUUGUUUGCUAUGCUUUCUGUCUCCUUUACAGCAUUUUUGUUCUGAAAGUCCCCAAGCCAGCAGCUCCCUGCCCAGCCAAAGCCAAGAGCACAGGAGACAGCAGCAGCCAGCUACCAGCCAGCACAGGAGCCUCAGGGAAUUCCCACUCUUCUGAGAGCAGCAACCUCGCUCCAGUAGCACCCUCAAAACUUACCAUUGUCAUGCUCUUUGUUGGGGCGAUUUUGUAUGACCUUGCAGUGGUUGGUGCAAUGAACGUGCUCCCACUCUUCUUGCUCAGGGAGCCUUUAAGCUGGAAUGCCGUGCAGAUCGGCCAUGGCAAUGCUGCUGGGUAUGUGAUCUUUGUCACCAGCUUCCUGGGGGUAUUUGUGUUCUCCAAGUAUUUAAGGGAUACCACAAUGAUCAUGAUUGGAAUGGCAUCCUUCAGCGCUGGCAUCCUCAUCAUGGCCUUUGUGCGGUGGACCUUCCUGUUCUACAUCGCACGGGCAGUGAUGCUCUUUGCCCUCAUCCCCUUACCAACCAUCAGGUCCAUGUUAUCCAAGCAUGUUGAAGGAUCAUCUUAUGGUAAGGUGUUUGUCCUGCUGCAGUUGUCCUUAGUCAUCACGGGAGUAGUGACAUCUACUGUCUACAACAAGAUCUAUCAAAGCACACUGGACUGGUACAGCGGGUUCUGUUUCAUUCUGUCUUUCCUAUUUGGCUGCCUAAGUCUCCUCCCUGUAAGCAUCGUGGCCUUCAGACAACGUUCAACCACUCGCUCCUUUCAGAUUCUGACAUAGUGACAGAGUUGCAGCAGCUGAAACAUCUUCCUAUCAAUUCUCUGAGCUGUCAAAGGGGAAGGUUGGCUAAUCAUUAGUCCCUACAGAUUUGAAAGUGAAAAACAUCUAGGUUUCUAUUUCACAGCACUGUACAACCUCUUAACCACUAAACUCAGCCAGGACAGAAAAGUUUGCCUUGUUACUCUGUGAGAUGAUGUACUGCAGAGAUAUUCUGGCUAUUGCACACUAGCUGUCUUUAGAGCAUUUUGGUUUCUGUCUGGUCUUCUUAGCAAUGCAGAUUCCAUAAUGCAGACAGACAAGAAGAGGGUAAAAACAAAAGGAAGGUUUUAGCCAUGCUCUUCAAUUUGGAAGAAGGAAGAUGAGCAUCAGUCCUAGUUUUCCAUUAAUUCUCCUCAUGUCUAUUCAGUUAGAAAUCUUGAGGCAGUCCUGUGACUUUGGCUAAGUACGGGUCCACAAGUAGCAUGCUGCAUGUGUGUGGGGGUCUGAAGAACUCCCUUACUUUGAGUGUUAAAGACAAGUAUGAAGAGGUGUCAGCCCAGCUAAUUCAUGUUGCGAGGAAGAGCACUAAAAUAUAGAAAUAUCAUUAAAAAACACUAUUUUGUAAUCCCUGCAAUAAAACACUACUGAACAGA